AAUUACACUAGUUGGUAACAUAUUGAGAAAGAUGUUAUUUGUUGUCGUCCUCUUAGCUGCUAUUGCUUCUACUCAAGCUAUCGUCUGCGCGCCAUUUUUAUGCAAUGGCGCCACUUUUGACGCGACGCAGUGCAAAGGCGGGGUGAUUAAAGAUGGUGGUUUUUGUCGAUGUACAGACGCAUGUGCUAAGGUAGAAGGUGAAAUGUGUCAACUGGAACGUGCUAUAUUUGGUGGAGUACCACUGGGAGAUUGCGACAAUGGUCUGAAGUGUACUUCCGGUUCGGACGGCCACAAUCCAUUUGGACGAGGAGUCUGUGCCAAGGACGUCACUAAACGCUCUGUGGGUUCAUCAAGAACUGAAUGCGAACAGAAGAGAAUAUCAGCCAUGAUUUCAAUGGCAAUCUGGCAGGGAAAAUGGACACCGAGAUGUGAUACAGACGGCAACUUUUUCCCACACCAAUGUGACAAUACCGGUUCCUGUUUCUGCGUGGAGAAGAUCAGUGGUAAAAUCUUGACCACCAAGUCUCGAGACAAUGUUCCUUGUUAACACAAAACUGGAAAUAAAACUCAAUAAAUUU